CCACUUUCACACAAUGGACUCAGUAAUGGCACUGAUUACACAAAGGUUUACCACAAGGCACAACUUAAUGUUUGUUCUAUAUGGUUUCAAAGGAAAGUAAGGAAAGAAAGGAGACAGAUUCAGAAAUUUAUAAAGACUCAACUGGUUGUCAGUCAGUACAUUUCUGUAUAUGAACACUACUAAAAUCAGAAGUGAUUUUUUAAAUUUAAACAUUGCAUGAAAAUAUGGAUACCAAUACCAAUGAAUUGGAUGUACAUGAAAAUAUGGAUACCACUACCAAUGAAAUGGAUGUACAAACUAGGAAAACACAAGAUGGAAAAAAGAAACACAAAAAUAUAAUUUGUUUUGAAAAAUGUGCACAUGAUUCAAACCGAAAACAGCAUUAUAAAAUUCAUACUGGGGAAAAGAAUCCCAAGUGUGAUAUUUGUUUAAAAGCAUUUACAUUGAGUUCAGCUCUCAAAAUACAUUAUAAAAUUCAUACUGGAGAAAAGGACUUCAGAUGUGAUACAUGUAUCUGUUCUAAAGCCUUUGUACAGAAUUCAAAUUUCAAAGAACAUUAUAAAAUUCAUACUGGAGCAAAGGACUUUAAAUGUAAUAUCUGUUCUAAAGCAUUUGUACAGAAUUCAGCUCUCAAAAGACAUUAUAAAAUUCAUACUGGAGCAAAGGACUUUCAAUGUGAUAUCUGUUCUAAAGCAUUUGUACAGAAUUCAGCUCUCAAAGAACAUUAUAAAAUUCAUACUGGAGCAAAGGACUUUAAAUGUGAUAUCUGUUCUAAAGCAUUUGUACAGAAUUCAAAUCUCAAAAAACAUUAUAAAAUUCAUACUGGAGAAAAGGAUUUCAAAUGUGAUAUCUGUUCUAAAGCAUUUGUACAGGAUUCAACUCUAAAAGAACAUUAUAAAAUUCAUACUGGAGAAAAGGACUUCAACUGUGAUAUCUGUUCUAAAGCAUUUGUACAGAAUUCAAAUCUCAAAGAACAUUAUAAAAUUCAUACUGGAGCAAAGGACUUUAAAUGUGAUAUCUGUUCUAAAGCAUUUGUAAAGAAUUCAAAUCUCAAAGAACAUUAUAAAAUGCAUACUGGAGAAAAGGACUUCAAAUGUGAUAUCUGUUCUAAAGCAUUUGUACAUAAUUCAGCUCUCAAAAGACAUUAUAAAAUUCAUACUGGAGAAAAGGACUUCAAAUGUGAUAUCUGUUCUAAAGCAUUUGUACAGAAUUCAAAUCUCAAAGAACAUUAUAAAAUUCAUACUGGAGCAAAGGACUUUAAAUGUGAUAUCUGUUCUAAAGCAUUUGUAAAGAAUUCAAAUCUCAAAGAACAUUAUAAAAUGCAUACUGGAGAAAAGGACUUCAAAUGUGAUAUCUGUUCUAAAGCAUUUGUACAUAAUUCAGCUCUCAAAAGACAUUAUAAAAUUCAUACUGGAGCAAAGGACUUCAAAUGUGAUAUCUGUUCUAAAGCAUUUGUACAGAAUUCAAAUCUCAAAGAACAUUAUAAAAUUCAUACUGGAGCAAAGGACUUUAAAUGUGAUAUCUGUUCUAAAGCAUUUGUACAGAAUUCAAAUCUCAAAAGACAUUAUAAAAUUCAUACUGGAGCAAAGGACUUCAAAUGUGAUAUCUGUUCUAAAGCAUUUGUACAGAAUUCAAAUCUCAAAGAACAUUAUAAAAUACAUACUGGAAAAAAGGACUUCUAAUGUGGAAUUUGUUUUGAAACAUUUAAUAAAAAUUCGAAUCUCAGAGUACAUUAUAAAAUACAUACUUGUGAAAAGGACUUUACAUGUGAUAUUUGUUUUAAGACAUUUAUCAGAAAUUCAACUCUCAAAGAACAUUAUAAAAUACAUACUGGUGAAAAGUACUUCAAAUGAGAUAUAUGUUAUAAAACAUUUACACAUAAUUUAAAUCUCAAAAAACAUUAUAAACUUCAUGGUGGAGAAAAGGAUUUGAAAUGUUGGGCAACUAAAUGAAUAUUACAGUUUUUGAAAAAAGCAAUUUUUCAAAUUAACUUUUUCAUGAACUUUUAAUCCAGUUUAUUCAAUGCUUCUGUUUCCGAUCCCCUUUAAUUAUAUUGCAAAUAUGACAACCAUGACAUUACAAUCUAUUGCAAUGUAAACCACAGAUAACCUUACCAAAUGAAACUGCCCAACAGUCCCGCCUGGUUUCAUUGGCACUUGGCUCCAUAGUUGCUACUGGGUCUUUCUUUUGUCUGGGGUCCCACACUUUUACAGCACCUGAAAGGUGAUUAAUUGUUCUACUAUACAUACUGCUUUGUAUUACCAUACUAACUUAUGUAAAUAAUACAUGUAGUAAACAUUGAGUGUUAUUUCAUUUGAUUGAUGCAUGUAAGUGUAUUAAAAGAGAUAAAUUAAAUGUAAGUGUAUUAAAACAGUUUAAUCAAAAGUAAGUGUACCAGGUCAAUAUAAGUUCUGAGAAAAAGUCUCUUAAAUCAAGAGUUCAAUGACUUUCUACUUGGAAUUUUCACAGGGUAUGUAAAAUAAUGACCUGUGUCAAUGUUCCAAGUUUCAUCAAGUAUUCAUCUCUCUGGAGAAAAAUAUGGUAACUAUGGUAACUCAUGUUUUAGGUAGGUGGGGCAAUAUUAUAAAAACUAAUCUAAUGAAUCCUUAAAUUAUUGAACUGUCAAAAGAAGCAUUCGAUUUUAGAAGUAAGAUGAUAUUGUGAGAUGAUAGUGUUCAAAGUAUUCAAUAUUAAAGUUUAUCUUAUGUUUUAAAAGCACUUUUCCAUGUAGAUAAUUCAAAUUUUGAUGGAACUCGAGUCACACAUAGGAACCCUUCAGAAGCUGUCAGAGUUGUGAUGCACUCUGUCGUGUUUCACAACCUGCAUAGCUGGUAUGUUUGAUGCCCUAUAGUUUAUCUUCCAUUUGUUGAAACACGAAAUUUCAAAAGGGACUCAACUCUAGCAUGAAACAAGAGUUUGAAAUAAAGGCAAAAUGUGCCUUAACUGUUUGAAUUUUCUAAACAGAGACACUUUAGGGUUUCAGAUAAGGCAGCCUUAAAUUUGACACUCUGAGUUUAACAAAAAUAUGCCAAAAAUCAAGCAAAUUUCCAUAAUGGUCAAACCACUUAUUCCAUCAAUAAUUUCAAGGCGAAGAUGUGAAUGAAAACUACUCUCUGUAACUACAAAUAACAGUAACUGACUAGUAUUAUGACCAAAUAAUAGCACAUCUAGUGACGCUUGUUGGUAUUCUAACUUGAGGUUGUAUUUAACAUCUUCUGUGAAAAUUUGAAUGAAAGGAGCACAAAACUCUUAGUUUGAGAGUGAUUUUCUCAAAACUUAUUACUUAUUGAUCGAUCUGGUACUAAAAAAUCUACAGCUGAGUUAUCAUUAUCUCUUGUCAAACUCAUGUAUUCCUUACCAUCUCUACUUCCAGUGACUAUUUCUGGAGCACCCUCACCAACACCCAUACCACCAACUCCAUCUAUACAGUUGAUGAUCUCUGUAUGGCCUUGAACUGAAUACACAGGGAGCUCUGUAGAUUCCAAAUCCCUGGAUAUAAAAAAAAACAAAUCUUAUAACUUCUACAUUUACAGAUUUAUUGAAUUUGUGAUAUUCAGUAAUUACAUAUUUUGAGGGGAUCUCACUCAACACAAUUUUUGCAUGUUAAGAAAACAAUGUUAGAAUGAUUGAGUGCUUUUGUUGUCCCAACAAAUCACUCAAACUCCCGUGCAGUGAUAUAUCACUGCGGCGGGCAGGUAUCUCACCGUAAGCAUGGUAACAUCGUAAUAAACAACUGACGUGAUUGGUUCUAGUCCCAUGCUCAGGUCGCGUGAUUGUAAAAUUUAGAC